AUGAAUUCCUCUUCCAAGAUAAUAGGAUUCAUUUUACUCAGACUUCCGUGCAUCUACAUAGCAUCUACCGAGUCAAGUUUUGGUUGGUGGUAUACAGACUGCUGCACUGUUCCUCACCAUGUUCAGGCUGCGCCCCCUCCAUCCUCCCAUCCCAUCUCUAGCCAUGGGUGGGGCCUGUGCCUGGAUGACCCUCCUGCCAAGGACAUCAUCGACUUCUCAGUGCCACCUGGCGUCCUCUAUGAUGUGAGCCACCAGUGCCGCCUCCAGUAUGGGGCCUACUCUGCCUUCUGCGAGGACAUGGAUAAUGUCUGCCACACACUCUGGUGCUCUGUGGGGACCACCUGUCACUCCAAGCUGGAUGCAGCCGUGGACGGCACCCAGUGUGGGGAGAAUAAGUGGUGUCUCAAUGAGGAGUGCAUGUCUGUGGGCUUCUGGUCCAAGGCCAUGGAUGGUGGCUGAUCUGGCUGGAGCGCCUGGUCCAUCUGCUCCGGGAGCUGUGGCGUGGGCGUACAGAGCGCUGAGCGGCAGUGCAGGCAGCCUACACCCAAAUACAAAGGCAGAUACUGUGUGGGUGAGCGGAAGCACUUCCACCUCUGCAAGCUGCAGGCCUGCCCCACUGGCCGCCCCUCCUUCUGCCACGUCCAGUGCAGCCACUUUGACGCUACACUCUACGAGGGCCAGCUGCACACAUGGGUGCCCGUGGUCAAUGACGUGAACCCCUGCGAGCUGUACUGCUGGCCCGCAAAUAAGUACUUUGCCAAGAAGUUGUGGGAUGCCGUGGUCGAUGGCACCCCCUGCUACCAGGUCCAGGCCAGCUGGGACCUCUGCAUCAACAGCAUCUGCAAGAACGUGGGCUGUGACUUCAAGAUUGACUCCGGUGCUAUGGAGGAUCACUGUGGCGUGUGUCACGGCAAUGACUCCACCUGCCACACCGUGAGCGGGACCUUUGAGGAGGCCGAGCGCCUGGGGUAUGUGGAUGUGGGGCUGAUCCCAGCCGGCGCACGCGAGAUCCGCAUCCAGGAGGUGGCCAAGGCUGCCAACUUCCUGGCACCGCAGAGCGAGGACCCAGAGAAGUACUUCUUCAGUGAUGGCUGGACCAUCCAGUGGGACAGGGACUACCAGGUGGCAGGGACCACCUUCACAUACGCACUCAGGGGCAACCGGGAGAACCUCACGUCCCUGGGUCCCACCAACGAGCCUGUCUGGAUCCAGCUGCUGUUGCAGGAGAGCAACCCCGGGGUGCGCUACGAGUACACCAUCCACAGGGAGGCAGGCGGCCAUGGCGAGGUCCCACCACCCGAGUUCUCCUGGCACUAUGGGCCCUGGACCAAGUGCACAGUCACCUGCGGCAGAGGUGUGCAGAGGCAGAGUGGAUACUGCUCGGAGCAGCAAGCAGGGCCCGUGGACGAGGAGAACUGUGCCCCCCUGGGCCAGCCCGAUGACCGCCAGAGGAAGUGCAAGCAGCCCUGCCCUGCCAGAUGGUGGGCAGGUGAGUGGCAGCUGUGCUCCAGCUCCUGUGGGCCUGGGGGCCUCUCCUGCCGGGCCAUGCUCUGCACCAGCAUGGGGCUGGAUGAGCAGAGUGCCCUGGAGCCACCUGCCUGUGAACACCUUCCCUGGACCCCUACUGAAACCCAUUGAAACCGCCAUGUGCCCUGUCCGGCCACCUGGGCUGUGGGGAACUGGUCUUGGUGGCCCCUGGACACACUGUGCCCUGAAGGCUCAGACAGCGGCUCCUCCAGCCAUGAGCUCUUCAAUGAGGCUGACUUCAUCCUGUGCCACCUGGCCCCAUGCCCUUCACCUGCCUCAUCACUCAAGCCAGCCACCAUGGGCAACACCAUUGAGGAGGAGGCCCUAGAGCUGGACACGCCAGGGCCCGUGUUUGUGGACAACUUCUACUAUGACUACAAUUUCAUCAACUUCCACAAGGAUCUGUCCUAUGGGCCCUUUGAGGAGCCCAAUCUAGACCUGGAGUGGACAGGGGAUCGGACUCCCCGACCACACAGCCGUCCUACUGUGCCUUCCAUGUGUAGCCCCGUGCCUGCCACAGAGCCUCCUGCAGCCAAGGAGGAGGGGGCACCGGGAUCUUGGUCCCCUAGCCCUUGACCCAGCCAGGCUGGCUGCUCCCCACCCCCACCCUCAGAGCAGACCCCUGGGAACCCUUUGAUCAAUUUCCUGCCUGAAGAAGAUGCCCCCAGGGGUGCCCCAGAUCUUGAGUUCCCCAGCCUGCCCUACAGGUGUGAAUGCUCAGCCCCCUGUGGCGGUGGUGUCGAGCGGCACCUGGUCAAGUGUGUCAACACCCAGACGGGGCUGCCCGAGGAAGACAGCGACCAGUGUGGCCACGAGGCCUGGCCUGAGAGCUCCCAGCCGUGUGGCACCGAGGAUUGUGAGCCUGUCGAGCGUCACCGUGAGUCCCCUGACCCCAGGAUCUCUGCUGAAAUCUGCAGGGGGCAGAGCAGCAAUCGGGUCCAUGAGAGCGUGGCAUCUGGUGAGGCACGAAGCGCCUUGGAAGCUGGGGGGCUGCUGCCCAGGGAGGCCUGUCUGCAGAGGGCUGUCCCUGCUGGCAAAGGCAUCCUGAUGCAACUGCCCCAGGGCGAACCAAGGGCAGGGACACCCAGAAAUGCCAUGCUGGAAGGUCAGAGAGCCCCUCCUCGCCCCCCAACACCAAUAAGCCCUGGCCCACCCUCCAAGCCCUUGGGCUGGAAAAGUCCCCCUUGCAGGGGCCAUGGGCUGGGUGUUGGGGUGAAGGUUCGGAGGAGGAACAGCAGUGUGGGGCAGCCCCUGCCAGAAGGGCCCCCUGCCAUGGCAGCCAGUGGAGGCCAGGGACCUUCAGGGCACUGGAGGGGACAGAGCAGCUCUUUCCUCAGUGACAUGAAGCGGGGAAGUGUUAGCGCUAAAGAAAAUCAGGGCACUGUUGUUGGUGCUAUUAGUAAGCCUGAAACUAUUACAAACCCACUCGCAAUAAAAUACCCUGAAAAUAGUGAUGACUUCCAGAAUGGCCUCAGCCAGCACCUCAGCUCCCUGUGUCCAAAUCAGCUGUCAGGGUCAGCGCAGCCAACAGCUGUGGACAUAUGGACGAAGACCAAGAAGCUCAUCUUCUCAGAGCUGCUGUCCAACCUAUACUUGCAUGGGGAUCAGAACACGCUGAUGGAGGAGUCAGCAGAACAGGCACAGUGGGGCAAUGAGAUGCUGCACAUGUACCACAUGCUGAUGGAGGCACCCAGCAUCAUCGGUGACACCAACACAACCACCAUCAGAAUGCCCACGGGGCCCAUGGAUGUCUUCUGGCUGCAGAUGCAGAGUGUCUUGGCCGGACGCAGGCCUGGUGGUUGUUGGGUGGGGUUCCCCAAGCAAGAUGUGGCCCCGGGCCAUGGUGACCAGGGUGACCAGAGAAGAAAGAAGCCCAAGGGAACUGAGCAUUGGUCUGAACUGCGGGUGCACUGCCUGGAUGCCAUGGGAGAGGCGUGUGUGGAGUGUGGAGGGCCGCUGUAG